AACCGAGCCCCGUCUGCCACGACCAGACCUUGUCACCAUGCUGUCCGAGGCCAUGCGGUUAUUAUCCUUUUAGAAAAAGGGGUCACAGAAGUCCUGAAGUUGUUACCUAGACCCUACCUCUUCCUAUCCUCUUUGCCCUUCCAAACCCGGCCUGGGCUGUUGCCUUUAAAAGCUAGUGCUGCAGAGUGACUUCAUGUUAUCUGGGCCCAUAAUGUGUUUAUUGGCUAUAGUUAAGUCACUGCUACUGUUGCUGCAAUUUAGUUAUGGUGUUGCUGGCAUGUUUCCAUCGUACAGUACGGCAUAAAAGAAAAUGUGAAUGAAUCUCUGAAGUGGCUGCAUUCAAAUGGUAGUUGCCAAGCUGAAGGAAAUUAGGCACCAGCAGCAGCCUCAAAAACAGCUAUGCAUUUUGUUUUUUCCUCUCUAAAGACUCUGAAAAGCACACUGGAUCAGAAGGGAGGAUUCAUCAGUUCAGGACAAAAACGGAAGAACAUAAUGGAACGAGAAGUCUCUCCACACAGCUUCCCAUGUGCUCAUUCCCCCUCCUGCCCCGCAGCCACUUGGGCCCCACGAUGAGGUCCUUAGGGUGGGCCUUGAAGUCACCUGAAAAUAGGAGGAGAGAGAGAAGAGAAUGACGGGCCCCGGAAGAGGCUGUUUGCAGGACAACGGGCCCCAACCGCCCUCCCGGGAGGAGCCCGUCGCUUGCAGUCACUUCAGAGCUGUGGGGGCCGCUCUCAAGGAGGAUGCCCUGGAACUGAUGGUGCAAGUGGUGUCUCGCCAUUCCAACGACCUUCCUGCCGUCUUGGAUGAUUCUGGCCUGAGCCAUGCAGACCGCACUGCUCACCUCAAUGCUCUCAAGAUGAACUGCUAUUUGCUCACUGGCCUGGUGGAGGCCUUUGAAAUGGAAACCUGCAAGAGUGGUUUGGUGGGGCUGGAUCCAAGUGGAAAGAACAAGAAGAACCGUACCAAGGCCUCUGGAUUUUCCUGGGAAGAGGAGAGGGAGCCACUCUUACAGUUGCUCACACAGCUGCUGCAGCUGGAUCUCCGUCGACUUUGGAGUGGUUUGGUGGUGGAAGAAGAAUUUGUCAGCUUAAUGACUGGAAGCUGCUACCGUAUCCUGGAGAAUCCAAGUAUCGGUCUCCAGAAGCAUCGAGCCACGCGGGAGGCAGCGACACAUCUGCUUGCUGCAGCUUUGGUUCACUAUGAUCACAUGUUCAGUGCCACUCUGAAGAUCACGCAGAUGCUGCAGCAUUUUGAACACGUAGCCCCAGUGUUUGCUCAGGCUGUGAGCCUCUGGGCUACAGAGUAUGGUCUGAAAAGCAUGGUGGGCGAACUGCUGAGGGAAAUUGGACAGAAGUGUCCACAGGAUCUGGCCCGUGAUGCUUCUGGAAUCAAGGGUUAUGCUGUCUUUAUAACUCACCUGGCUGAACAAAUUCCAGCUGUCGUGCUAUCCAACAUGAGUGUUCUGCUACGUCACUUGGAUGGAGAGAAUUACAUGAUGCGAAAUGCCAUUCUGACAGCUGUGGCAGAAGCGCUGCUGAAGGUGCUGAAUGGUGACAAGCUAGAGGAAGCUGCCCGUGGUACUCGGGAUCAGUUCCUGGAUAUACUGCAGGCCCACAUCUGUGACGUCAGUGGUUUUGUGCGCAGUCGUGUCCUGCAGCUUUUUACUCAAAUCGUUCAGUGCAAGGCCCUGCCUUUGACUCGAUUCCAGUCCGUGGUAUCUCUGGCUGUUGGACGUCUCAAAGACAAAUCUGUGGUGGUUGUUAAAAAUGCCAUCCAGCUGCUGGCUGCGUUUUUGUCCAACAAUCCGUUCUCCUGCAAGUUAAGCUGUACUGACUUGGUCGAGCCACUCAAGAAAGAGGUGCAGAAGCUGCAAGAAAUGAGGAACCAGCGUAGAGCCACAGCUGCUGCAGCAAUCACUCCAGAGGAAGAGUGGGAAGCGAUGUUGCCAGAGAUUAGGGCUGUCACCCAGCAACUCCUUCAACCGCUGCAGGGAGAAGAAGAAGAGGUACUAGAAGUUGAGGAAACAGCAGAGGCUACAUCAGAGCGCAUUACUGGGCUGCUGAGGAAACUAAAUUACAAGGGUGCAGUUCGCCUUACACAGAAGGCCCUGUGUCACUUCCAGGGGCUGGAGCCCUUCAGUGGUCCCACAGAGGGAAAUGAGGAGGCCACAGUCCUGGGCAUUCUGAAGAGACUCUACACAGGUGAGAACCCUGAGGAUGCUCCACGUGGCAGCAGUAGUCCUGUGACCAAAGAUGAUAUGCUAGAAGAGCAGCCUCAAACAGAUCUGGUCAAACAGGAGAUGUUGGUGCAGUAUUUGCAAGAUGCUUACAACUUCUCAGUGAAAAUCACAGAAGCCCUGAGUCUGGUCAGCAAGAUGAUGUAUGAAAAUUCUGUCUCAGUGGUGCAGGAAGCCAUUGAGUUCUUUGUGACAGUCUCACAGUUCGGCGUGCCCCAGGCAGUGCUUGGAGUCCGCAGGAUGCUCCCCCUUGUAUGGUCAAAAGAGCCUGGUAUUAAGGAGGCUGUGCUGAAUGCCUACAGGCGUCUCUAUCUCAGCCCAAGUGGGGAUUCAGAGAGGGCAAGGGCCCAGAGCCUGGUGCGAUCUCUCUCUCUCAUCAUGGUGGAUGCCUCGCUAGGAACGAUACAAUGCUUAGAAGAAAUAAUCUCUGAGUUUGUGCAGAAAGAUGAAAUAAAACCUGCUGUGAUCCAGCUGCUUUGGGAGCAGUUCACAGAAAAAUCUCAGUGCUCAUUGCUGGAACGACGUGCUGCCGUGAUGCUGCUAGGGAUGAUGGCACAAGGGAAGCCAGAGAUCAUAGGUAGCAACCUGGAUGUCUUGGUGACAGUAGGUUUGUCUGAGAAGGUAUGUGAAGACUAUCGUCUGGCCCAAGAAGUGUGCAAUGCCAUCUCCAAACUUGCCAGUAACCCAAAGCCAGCGCUAGGGAAGAACAAUGCACCUUUUCGACUGCCACAGACACACAUGCUCUUUGGGAGCCUGAGCAAGGCUGUGAGUAAAGGCUUUGCCCAGCCAAGUGGUCACUGGAUCCCCUUCAUGGAGGCAGCAGUAGCACUUAUCUACCAGCUAGCAGAAGGGGCAGAGGAGAUUUGUGCUUGCAUCCUGCAGGCAUGCAGUCAGCAAGCUCUGGAGAAGCUGCAGGAGGCUGAUGGACAGAAAGCAGAGCCAGGGGAUUCUCCCAGCAGAGUCUCUGAUGGUGCUAGCAGUCUCCCUACCUUUCUGCUGAUGCACCUGGUGUCCCUUGUGGGGCAGGUGGCACUACAGCAGGUAGUGUAUUUGGAAGUGUCUGUAAGCACAGAGCUACGUAGACGUCGCAUCCUCAGGGAGGAGCAGAAGACCAAGCAGCAUUCUGAAAGCAGCGCAAAGAAACAGAGACCCCGGAGCACAGGAAAUGAGACCACUAUGGAGGAGGAACUGGGCCUCGUGGGAGCUUCAGCUGAUGAUACCGAGGCUGAACUCAUCCGCAGUAUUUGUGAGACUGAGCUUCUAGAUGGCAAACACCUGUUCUCUGCCUUUGUUCCCCUGGUGCUCAAGAUCUGCAACAACCCUGGGCUCUACAGUGAUCCAGCGCUCUCAGCUGCUGCAGCCCUGACUCUUGGCAAAGUCUGCAUGAUCAGCUCUGAGUUCUGUGACUCCCACUUGCGCUUGCUGUUCACCAUGAUGGAGAAGUCCGCUUUGCCUGGCGUGAGAUCCAACCUCAUGAUUGCAGCAGGCGAUCUGGCCAUCCGCUUCCCCAAUCUGGUGGAGCCUUGGACACCACAUCUCUAUGCCAGGCUGCGGGACCCCUGCCAAAGUGUGAGGCAGACAGCUGGACUGGUGAUGACUCACCUCAUUCUCAAAGACAUGGUAAAGGUGAAGGGACAAGUGAGUGAAAUGGCAACUCUGCUCAUGGACCCAGAGGAGGCGAUCGUGGGACUGGCUCAGAACUUUUUCAGUGAACUCUCCAACAAGGGCAAUGCCAUCUAUAACCUGCUUCCAGACAUCAUCAGUCGUCUCUCAGAUCCUGACUGCGGUGUGGAUGAGGAAUCCUUCCGCGCUAUUAUGAGACAUUUAUUUUCAUAUAUCACAAAAGACAAGCAGACAGAGAGCUUGGUGGAGAAACUUUGCCAGCGAUUCCGGACUGCCAGAACUGAGCGCCAAUAUCGGGAUCUGUCUCAUUGUCUUACCCUGCUUCCCCUCACGGAACGGGGCCUUCACAAGCUGCAAGACAACUUUGACUGCUUUGCAGACAAGCUCCAAGACGCAACUGUCUACAGUUGUUUCCAAGCUGUGCUACUUCGAUUCCGUAGAGCAGCCAGCAAAACUGAGUCCAAGGCUCUGGCCGAAGAGCUGGAGCAGAAGCUGCAAGCUUGCCAUAGUCGAGGACUGGAUUCGGCAGAGACUUGUCAGGAAGGCAAUGAAACUCUAAUGCCGGAGCCAGCCAAGCGGAGACCAGUGGAAGGCUCACACCGCCAGCCCCUGAGCACAGCCAACAGGAAUGUGGAUGAACUUUUUGUCACACCCCCACCUCGGGCACUCCGAAACCAUAAGCCUUCCCAAAAGCGCCGUCCACCCAAAAAACCUAUUAUCACCUUCUCCAGUGACGAGGAGAACAGUUCUGAGGAUGAAUUCUCAGCAGAGUUAACAGAGGAAGAAACUCCCACAAAAACAACUCCCAUCACCAGAUCUUCAGCCCGCCGGGUGCGCUGAGGGAACCAUCUGCCGCUGUCUUUAAAAAUAAAACUGGUCUUAUGCAGCAGUCUUUUGUCUUAACUGACUUAUACUCUUGCAGCACUUUAAAUGAGGACAAAAUGUAAGGCUAUACGAAAUGUAAGGUUAUACUAGGCUAAAAGUAUUCCAAAGCUGUCUUUUGGUAUCUUUACGAAGAAAAUCAGUAAUUGAUGUGGCUGCCGCUUGCACUGCUUUUAUCCUGGAAGGGCUUUGCAGAUGCAAGAAAACUGUUUUCAUUAUGAAGUUUCCUUGGCGGGAAGUUGUUGGGGUGAUUUUUUGGGUUGUUUGUUUGUUUGUUUUGCUUUUUUAAGAACAGCCAAACUAAACUGAUUUCAAAACGCUCACUUGAUCCAACUGUGCCCCAUUUUCUUAUACAGGUGUAAGCACACCAUUCAGCUUCUGUAACACGAGCCAAAUACAAAAGGACCCAAAACCAGCAAAAAUGUAUUCGAUCCUUGUUGAGGCUCUUGC